AUGACGGAAAGCAGGCUUUUCCUCUGUCUCGCUGCGUUGGUCAUUGCUGUCCGCGAGGGAGCAAUUCUCUCCCCUCAAGUGACAAUAGAACUUCAGAAGCUCGGGAUUGAAUCUAGUGAGCCCGUGCCCAGACGUCGGCCCGUUUCUGCGUACGUGCAACACGUGUUUAGUCAGUUUGAAGAAAAACAAGAUGAGUUACGGAUGUAUACUGAUAGGGAUCCACGGGUCCAGUUCUAUGAUCCGAUGUCCGAAUCUUCUGAUGGAAUGGUUGAAUUUGACUUAUCCAGGGCACCUGUUAAUGGACAAGUGGCAAAAAUAGAGAUUGCUUUCACGGGACACAUGCACCGGUUAUUCUCUGUUCAAGUAUCAUCGCCAUUUGACCUAUCUACUGAGGUUAAUACAUCGUAUACUGAGCAAGGACAUGUCGCUGAAAUCACAAACCUCGUUAUGAACCAAAUAUCGCAAACAACACUUAGAGUCUUUGUUGGAGUCAUCGGUACGGAGAACCGAGUACGACAUUUGAACCCAAUAUUGGCGAUUUUUUUGGAUCUAAAUGCAGCUGUUUUUCACUUACGCCAGAAGCGACUUGCUGUUAAUACAACAAAUUCUACUGUUACCCCGGAAUUGGCAGAAAGCCAUUCUUACUGUCGUCUGCAACCAUGGACAUUCAGUUUCAGUUCAGUGCAAUGGUAUCCUAGAUUUAUUAUUCAACCCGAGAGCUAUCGAGCAAACAGGUGUGUGGGAGAGUGUCCUCCCACACUGAUAGACAGGGGAACAAGGUUUAAUCAGCUGACUAGAUAGUUCUGAAGAAUUGGAAAUAGGAAUUAUUCAGCUGAUGUAUAGCGCUACAUAUACCGGUAGAUUGUUCUGAAGGAAAGGCUUGAGCACUUUGUUCAGGUGAAAUAGAUGACAGUGAAGGAAACAGUCAUUAGAUGUACCACGAAAGCAUCAUUGUCACCGAAAGAAAUUCAGUAGAAUCAGUCUGACAAAUUACAGCAUUGUAAUUUAACAGUAAAUGCAAAAAUCAUAGGCAAAAAUUACAUAUUUUUCCAUGACGAUGCUAUUUCUAGACAGUUACUAAAAUAUCCUUUAUAUAAAUUUCAUAUAUUUCACACAUGAUAAGAACAGGUAUCAUUCAAUGUUAAUACCUGACAAAAUCAGACAACAGUCGAAACGCAUAGUACACUGUACAUACAACAUUUUCAUAUUCUUUGUGUAGUAUUACAGUCAUUUUACAAUCUAUUACAGUCAAUAUUUUUAGACACGUGGUGUACGUAGUCAUAUUUCUAAAUUUUUGUUGUAUGCAAAGUAAAUAUUUCUAGACUUGUGUUGUAUGCACAGUAAAUAUAUCUAUAUAUGUGAUAUAUGGAGUCAAUAUUGUCAGACUUGUUGUGUUAUAUAUACGAUUAAUAUUUGUGUUGUUUUUACAUUAAACAUUUCCAGAU